CCUGGUAUUCAUGCCUCUUGAUGACAGCACCGAAGAGGAAAGUUGAGAAACCAGCGAAUUGAGAUGAGUCAGUUACCAGGAAAGGAGUUAAAUGGAACAACUACUGGAAGCCAAGAUUUGUUUCCUUGUGAAAUCUGUGGAAGACAUUUUGCACGAGAUGUUCUGAUGCGACAUGGGCCAAUAUGCAAGAAAGUCUUUAACAAGAAGCGCAAGCCCUUCAAUUCUUUGAAACAGAGACUGCAGGGAACAGAAAUUACCACAGUGAAAAAGCAGCCCCCACGAAAGAACCAAAUGGAAAGGAAAUCCAACUGGAGACAGCACCAUGAGGAUUUUAUUAAUGCUAUUCAAUCAGCCAAACAAGUCACAAAAGCUAUAAAAGAGGGCCAGCCUCUCCCUCCUCCUCCCCCACCAAGCGUUAAUCCAGACUAUAUUCAGUGUCCAUACUGCUUGAGAAGAUUUAAUGAGGCUGCAGCACAGAAGCACAUCAAGUUUUGUGAAGAACAAGCUGCUCGCCGUGCCUUUGCAGCAGGCCCAAAGUCCACCAGACAGACUCCGGGCAAGCAACCAGUGACUCAGAAAAAGAAUCCCACCUUAACAAGUGCUGUGUUAUCACUGCUUCAAAAGCGAGCACAAGAAGCUGGCAAUACAAAUGAACCUAGGCCGGAGGCCACUCCUGGGGUGCUGCAAAAAAACAGGAAAUCUUUGGGUGCAUCUACUGGAAAAAAAACGUCAGGAGAUCAUGGGUAA